AUGCAGAAGGCGGAUGAGGAGGCCAAGCAGAGCCUCCAGCAGCAGAAAUCCGGCUCCCGAUCCGACUCCCGCGAGGAUGAGAUCUCCCCUCCCCCACCCCUGAACCCCGUGGUGAAGGGCCGCAGGAGGCGCGGAGCCAUCAGUGCCGAGGUGUACACGGAGGAGGACGCGGCCUCGUAUGUCCGCAAGGUCAUCCCCAAAGACUACAAGACGAUGGCGGCUCUGGCAAAGGCCAUCGAGAAGAAUGUUCUGUUUGCACAUCUGGAUGAUAAUGAGAGAAGUGACAUCUUUGAUGCCAUGUUUUCUGUCACCUACAUAGCCGGAGAAGCCGUCAUCCAGCAGGGUGAUGAAGGGGAUAAUUUCUAUGUGGUGGAUCAGGGAGAGAUGGAUGUCUAUGUGAACAACGAAUGGAUGACGAGCAUCGGGGAGGGCGGGAGUUUCGGGGAACUGGCUCUGAUAUAUGGAACUCCGCGAGCGGCCACCGUGAAAGCCAAGAGCAACGUGAAGCUGUGGGGAAUAGACCGGGACAGUUACCGGAGGAUCCUGAUGGGGAGCACGCUACGCAAGCGCAAAAUGUACGAGGAAUUCCUCAGCAAAGUCUCCAUUCUAGAAUCUCUGGAUAAGUGGGAGCGGCUGACGGUGGCGGACGCGCUGGAGCCGGUGCAGUUUGAGGACGGACAGAAGAUUGUGGUGCAGGGGGAGCCGGGGGACGAGUUCUUCAUCAUAUUGGAGGGUACUGCGGCCGUGCUCCAGCGCCGCUCUGAGAAUGAGGAGUUUGUGGAAGUUGGCCGCCUGGGUCCUUCGGAUUAUUUUGGUGAGAUUGCUCUGCUGAUGAAUCGGCCCCGAGCAGCCACGGUGGUGGCCCGCGGGCCCCUGAAAUGCGUGAAGCUGGACCGCCCGCGCUUUGAGCGUGUCCUGGGGCCGUGUUCCGACAUCCUGAAGAGAAACAUCCAGCAGUACAACAGCUUCGUUCACGUGUAUCACAAGGCGAUUGUGCGUCAUGGAGAGCCCAGCGUGACACAACAUUGCGCUAUUCUUGUCUGGCGCGGAUGGGACGAUGAAGCGCGGCGUCAGACAACCUGA